UCUCCACCGUUGAUUUACGAGGACCUCCAUAAACGGUUCAGCAGAUCAAGCCUAUCCUGUUGCUAUAAAUAUUUAAGCCGAAACCCUAAAAACGAUCCCUUAGCCUCUAACAACUUUCUCUAAGAGUUCUAGCGUUGCUGCCGGCGAAAGAAAUCACAUCAGUUCGCAAUGGCAGUCUCAUUGAGCGAUGUCAAAUCGGCAGCUGGUCUCAAAAAGCUCGACGAGUACCUGCUCAGUCGCAGUUACAUUUCUGGGUAUCAAGCUUCGAAAGACGAUAUCGCUGUUUACGAAGCUCUCUCCAAGCCCGUUUCCAGCGAAUAUGUUAACGUAUCUAGAUGGUUUAAUCAUAUCGAAGCACUCGUGAGAGCCUCUGCUAGUUUUGGAGAGGGUUCUGGCGUUAAGUUCGAUUCAGAAGCAAUCGCCACCCCACCGGCUGCCGAUGCUAAGGCUAGUGCUGAUGACGACGAUGAUGAUGACGAUAUGGAUCUGUUUGGCGAAGAGACUGAAGAGGAAAAGAAGGCUGCUGAGGAGCGUGCAGCUGCCGUCAAGGCUUCUGCAAAGAAGAAAGAGAGUGGAAAAUCAUCAGUUUUGAUGGACAUCAAGCCUUGGGAUGACGAAACUGACAUGAAGAAACUUGAAGAAGCCGUAAGAGGCGUUCAUAUGGAGGGAUUGCUUUGGGGAGCAUCCAAACUCGUCCCUGUUGGAUAUGGUAUUAAGAAACUACAGAUAAUGCUCACAAUUGUUGAUGACCUUGUGUCGGUUGACAACCUCAUUGAGGAACACUUGACAGUUGAACCCAUCAACGAGCAUGUUCAGAGUUGCGAUAUUGUUGCCUUCAACAAAAUCUAGUGAGUACCAUGUUUCAUUUUGUUACACAUAAGCUGGUUAGUAGUUACAUAGUUUCAAUUUGAUGUGUUUAAGGGUCUACUUGGAUUGACUUCAAAUGUUCUUAAAAACUAACAUUUUUUUCUCACUUAUUGAGUUAACUCAAACACUAAAGUCAUUUGAGAACUCUUCACCAGAUCUUGAAUCUGCCAUAAUUUUUUUUGACAAUAGGCUGUUAUUUUGUGCAGAGAUUGAACUUUUUGUCAAGUCCAAGAUCCUGAUCAUCAUUCAAAAGAUGAGGUCCGAGUCUAUGCAAGAAUGAGUUUUAUUAUUUGUUCAGGACUUUAUUAUGCCUAUUUCUUGUCUUUACUUUUCAAACUUGACUUGGUUCCAUUUGCUAUGAAGUCAUAUAUUUUUGGUGUUGCUUCA